GUCGCUUCUCAUCCCUCGUUGCAUGCGAGGGGAUGCUCUUUAAUUGUAGACGAAAUGCGCGUCAAACAACGGCUACUGUAUCACAAGCAAAGAGAUGCCUUCAUCGGCGAAGUGGACUAUGGUGUGAACUUCCCCAAAGAAACAACAAAUGAGCCUGUGCUGGCCAACUCACUCUUGUGUUUCGUCCUUAACGGCCUUUCAGUUUCGUUCAAAAUACCCGUGGCGUACUUUUUCGCGAGAAACUGCACUGGUCGUGAGCUGCACAUGCUCAUGAGACACGUUCUGAAGGAAGUUGAAGAAAUAGGAUUUUUCGUCGUGCGCAUUGUCACAGACAACCACAAGAUCAAUGUCUUGGCUAUGCAACUUCUGUGCAACGGAAGCCUCAAGCAUUGCAUUGACCACCCUGGCAAACCGAAUCGAAAGUUCUUUCUUGCAUUCGAUCAGUGCCACCUGAUCAAAAACGUGCGAUCACAGUUUUUGUCCCGUGACAUCGGAAAAGGCGGCGAAAUAUCAGCGAACCACUUGAAGAGCCUCUACAGAAUGCAGCAAGGCAGCCUUGUAAAGCCAGUACGAUUUUUGACGAGAAAGCACGUAUUCCCUACGAAUAUGGAAAAAAUGAACGUGCAGAGAGCAGUGCAAGUUUUUUCUCCUUCCGUGACAGCUGCUAUGAAGCUCUUGCAAGAGCAGGCGGGCCACACGUGCGACGCAAGCUUCGCGGGUGUUGGACCGACGGUGCAAUUUACGGACACCGUGCACCGCUGGCUCGUGCUCAUGGACGUGAGUAAUUGUACCCAGCACAUACAUCAGAAGAAUGCUGACUGCAAGCAGUUUGAAUCUGCAGGCGAUGUUCUCUACGCACUACAGAAGUUCGUAGAAGUUCUUGUAGCAAGAAGAAGGCGUAUGCAUCACCCUCUAAAGGAGGCUGUGAACAAUGCUACCGAAAUCCUCCGCGAGCACAAAGCUUUGAUGUGUUCGAAGCCAGGGCACCAAGAGAAUUUGCUCAAAUUGUUGCUUACGAAGUUCUUUCGCCCAAUAUUCAUCAAUUUCGCUCUGAAAGCGACAGACAAACAAGACGUCGCCAACGUGUUCGCAAUAAAGCCACUGUCACGAAAGACCCUGAAAGUGUGA